UCUGGUGGACACAUUAUACAACCUGGCCGCAGUACUUAGUGAGUCAAGUCAGACUGUACUCUGCUUCAAACUACGAACGGUGUAAUAAAAAGCUUCUAAGUAGUGCACUCGGAAAAAGAAGGAAAAGAUUUUAAAAAGUUGCAAAAAAUUGCUCUCCCUAUUUCUACCUCUCAAGAGUUCGCAUACACCUCUUUGAUUAAUUGUGUAAGGAAAUAGAAAAAAUUGUGUCUUUACGAUAAGUGCGAUAAGUUUCAGUAUCAGAUAUAAAUUUCUCAGAGAGAACACAAAGUGAAAAAUUUAGCAAAGUGAAUAUGGUAGAGUGCAAUUCUGGACGCUAAAGCAGCACUGUAGAAGCGACGUAUUAAAAAAUACACCUCACUAUUGUACAAUAGCGUUGCAAUGGCUUAUCCUUAUGACGAUGAGAGAAGAGAUGACAGUCAAGAAGAGGAGAUGAUAGUCGUGGAUUUGGUGCCUCCGCAUGUGUUACACGCUAGAUAUUUUGGUGGGUCGAGCCCACCACGCAGCCCGCUAUCUAAUAUGCCACGAUCAUCAUCUGCCGAGAACGAAUCGCCGACUUUGCAUCAGCCUACAUCGAUGUCGCAAAAUCCGACGACUUCGCAGCAGAAUCCGCCGACUUCGCGUCAAAGUCCAUUGAUUGCGAAUCAGCAUCAGCAUCAACAUCAAUCAGAGCAUCAACAACAGCAACAAUCACAAUCGCAACAACCGCACUCAAUUCCUCCUCCAGACUCUAACGUCAGAAGAUAUAGAACCGCCUUUACGAAGGAACAAUUGGCUCGAUUAGAGAUUGAAUUUCAGAAAGAAAAUUAUGUGAGUCGACCGAAGAGGGUAGAAUUGGCCAAGCAGCUCAAUCUUCCAGAAUCUACUAUAAAGGUGUGGUUCCAAAACAGACGCAUGAAGCUUAAGAGGCAUCAGAUGUCGUCGUGGCCUUUUGUCAUGUACACGGAGUCGACAUUGGCCGCGUUAUUGGCGGGCUCCGCUCCGCUGUCGCCAUUCCCAUCCUUGAAUUAUCACGGCACGCCGACGGCCCCGACGUGCAUGCCGGCGACGGUGCAUCUGGCACCGCCGUACCCGAACGCCGCGUACUACGCGAAUUCGCGAUACGUGUCGUAUUCUCCUCCGAACGAGCUGGUGAACAUGCUGCAUCGACCGCAUCUGCGCACCACGGGCACCGCUUAUCCGGCGCAUCUGCUGCAGCAUCACCCGCCGUCCUUCGCACCCUUGCGCUUCGGUCUGGGCGUGCCACCCGUCACCGGCGCCGCCUUCCCCCCCGUCAGUAGUCUACCUCCCACCACGACGUAUAACGCGCACAUAUCGCCGCCGGAUGUGAGCCCGGUGAAUUCGGACUCGUCCAGCGACGGCUCCAAUAAUCAGCCGUCGAAUAUUCUGCAUCCGCAUCCGCACCACCUCGUCAGCUCUGUCCUGCAGCAGCAGAACAGAGUCAACGAGGGAGAGCAGCAGCAAGUGAACGAUAGUCAGCAGGUAAAUCCGGCGCUGCGUACGAGCGCGCUUGUAAUGCCGAUACCGAGCUCCCUCGAAAGUAGAGCGAGCGUGUACAACGUGCCGACCACCUCGGUGUCGACGUCAACGAUGCCGGCUUCAUCGACGACCAAAAUCAGUCAGCCGAGACUGUUUCAACCGUACAAGAAUGACAUACCAAAAGAGGAAGCAUGUGCGAAAUAAACCAGUAAAUACAUUAGCGGCGUGAUUAUGGUGCGUCAUGUUGGCAUGUAUGUAUAAUGAACACAAAUCAUUUACAUUUCGGUAAUUAUACAAAAACCGAAAACGUUAUUAGUUCUUGUUACGCUUAUUAUAUUCUGUUUUAUGAGAGAAUUUAAUGGAUUUUCACAGUCUUUCAUAAAAAUCUCGCGAAAAAUUUAGUUAAAAUGUGAUCUCUAUUUUUUAAACAUUGCCGACUCGUGCAAUAAAGUAGUAUCGAACGAUAUCAGUGGAGAAUGCAUUUUUUGUCAAUGUAAAUCGACUUGCCGAAUUAAAGAAAUGCCACACAUAUUGAUGUGUGUACACUACUGGAUAUCAUGUGACUUCUUCCUUUCCUUAAUUUAUUAUAAAGUCUGUAGUACAAAAUCAUAUUCUCUCAUAGAACGGCGUGUAUUUGGACGAAUGCAUACGCGAAUGAGAAAUAACGAUUUUGAACUAUAUGGAUUAUAUACUAUAUAUUUGUAUUAUAUUCUAUAUAAAUUUA